CAACAGCAACAACGGAUCAAAUUGUCAAUUUAUCAAAUGAACACCAUGUACCCUCAGAUUAUCUCGUUUAACGGAGCCGUUGUCGGCUCCCAUUAGGUGAAUCUGUGUUCACCCUUGCGAUUCAAUAUGGAUCUCUCCCGCGUUUUUGGAGGCAGUCGAAGCCAACCGCUGAAUCAACCAACACUUCACAACACAUUUCUUGAACUCGAAAAAUAAUAUCCUAUACGCCAAGGAAAGUGUAUCUUUGGGGCAAUUGUUGUCUACGAUUUGCAUCUUUUCUCUUGGUGACCCUAUCUUUGAUUACACUUUGCAUCAAGUGCCUGAUUUCCGGAUCGUCAAAAUGGGCACCCAACUAUUGAAUAAACAGUCGUCCUGGGAGUCUCUGUCAUCGAACUUUUCCAACCUUGAGAUCUCAUUCUCCCAGGACAGCUGUUAUGGCUCGGACGAGAUAUCUGUCGCGUCGACCAACCCAACUUCGGUGAAUACUACGACCGUUUCGCCUUCAUCAUCCGCCCUUGAGGCGCCUCGUCCCGCCCCGAAAUCAAUCUUGAAAAGACCCUACUCGGAAAUAGAGGAGGACGAGAAGUCUGAGUCUGGUUAUGCCUCCGAGGCUACUGACCAUGAAUUUGAUGAUUCCUCGGACGAGGAGGACGAAGAUGAAGACGAGGAGUACUAUAUCACGGCGUGGGACUCCGACUCCGACGCCAUGAGCGACUCCGAAGACGAGGAGGAGGAUGCUGAUGAUGAUGAUGGUGAAUCUAUGGAAUGUUCAUUCAUCUCCUUCGAAUCUAACGUACGAUUCGAUCCCAACGUGGUCUAUAUCGAGGCCCCCAAAUGUGCGUUGGAGGACACAACCGAUGCCGAUAGCGGGAUGACUUGCCAUGAGAUCAUGGAACGCGCUCGCGCCUUGGGCCAGAGUGCAUCGGAGGACCCCCUUGAUGACUUCGAUCUCGACGAUAUCGAAAAUGACACCCAUGCGAUUUUCUACGACAUUGUCCGGCAGCUACCCGAAGAGCACAGCCGUGACAUCGUCGACCUGGACAAGCGACUCUUUGCAGCCUACAUGAACGGCAUCAACGGAGUGACCGAUUCCAGUUACAAGUCGCGGCUGCACACGCAGGUCGAGGACAUCGUCGCCGGCGGAGUGCAGUCGCCGUAUCUGAAUUCUGACAGCCCGUGUGGGGUGUAUCUGGACCACGCUCUCAACCACGUGAUUGGGACAUUUCCCCACAUCCUCAUCGCUGGCGAGCUGGACGAGCUCAUGCGGUUGAGUGACGAAAAGAAGGCCGACCGACGCACCCAGAACGGCCUAGUGAGAAAGAUCGAGCACCUUCUUUCGGAGCGCCUCGGCAGUGACAGAGUCACCAUCGGAGCGGACGAGCUGUGCUUCUUCGCCGGGGGGAUCGCCUAUGCGCUUGAAAAUUGGAAAACGUGUCUUGGACGGUGAUCAAAAUGAUUUCAUUUCCUCUUCUUUUCUUCCUUCUCUCUUCUCUUUUUUCUUUGUUCCCACGAGGGAACACAAAAUUCAACGGAUCCCAUGUCCCGCGUUUUUAUCAGGCCGGAUCCUCUACACGAUUGGUUACGAAAGGAAUGUCAAUGCUUACGAGCGGGUUUAUCAGUGAUUUCUUGUGGUUUCUCAAAUAGCUUGCAAUUCAACAUGAAAAAAAAAAAAAAC